AUUUUAGCUAUAGCACAUUAGUAGCCACAACUUUGUAAACUUAAUGCUCUCCAAAUUUCCACUAUCCAAGAGAUUGUUUCCAGCUUCCUGAUCGUGUCAUCACCACGGUUGGCCCAUGACGUCCCUCACCCUGUCAAUCACCCGGGCUAAGCCAAUGGCAUCCAUCACACUCCUGUGGCUCAUCCUUCACACCCUGUCAAUCACCCAGGCUAAGCCCCUGCUCUCAUCGCCAACGCAGGACAUGGCCACACUCAUCAACAAGGCCAAUAGCACCUGGAGGGCGAGUGGAGAUGUCAGGAUGAUUGAGUCUCUUGCUAGUCUGUGUGGCACCAUCCUCAACGGACCCAAACUGCCAUACAGUAAGGAGCCAGUGGUGAAGGUUCCAGACUCCUUUGAUGCCCGUGUGCAGUGGCCUGACUGCCCCACUAUACAGCAGAUACGAGACCAGGGCAACUGCGGAUCAUGCUGGGCGUUCGGUGCGGUGGAGGCCAUCUCAGACAGAGUGUGCAUCCAUAGCAACGGCAAGGUGUCCGUGGAGAUCUCAGCAGAGGACCUGCUGUCCUGCUGUGACGGCUGCGGAUUCGGGUGUUCUGGUGGGUUUCCCCCCACCGCGUGGCAGUAUUGGACCAAAGAAGGUCUAGUCACUGGAGGACUCUACGGUACCACAGAUGGUUGUCUGCCCUACUCCAUCCCCCCGUGUGAGCACCAUGUGAACGGCACUCGCCCCCCCUGCUCAGGGGAACAGGACACGCCCAAAUGCACCCAGCAAUGCAUACCCCAAUACAGUGGCUCCUAUCCCAAAGACAAGCACUACGGUAAGGAGUCCUACAACGUUAAGUCGAACCAGCAGCAGAUUAUGAGUGAGAUCUACAAGAACGGCCCAGUGGAAGCUGCAUUCUCCGUCUAUGAAGACUUCCUACUGUACAAGACAGGUGUGUAUCAGCACGUGACCGGUAAGAUGCUGGGGGGUCAUGCCGUUAAGCUGCUGGGCUGGGGAGUGGAGGACAGCACCCCCUACUGGCUAGUGGCCAACUCAUGGAACUCAGACUGGGGAGACAAGGGCUACUUUAAGAUCCUGAGGGGGUCAGACCACUGUGGCAUCGAGUCUGAGAUUGUGGCGGGAAUUCCCAGAAUGUAAAGAACCUCAAACCCUCCCCCUGCCCCUAUCCCUACUCUGCCUGAUUCCUCCCCUCAUCUUCGGGGUAGCCCCUAUCGGAUAGGGCCGAUCCCAAGUCUGCCACUUCAAACUGCCUCCUCUGCUUCGCAUCCCAAUUCUGUGUACACCCCCCCCCUCCC